UGGCCCGGCGGUGUUGUCGCCGCUCGGCAAGAUGGCGGAAGAGAGCCAGGUCUUGUCCUCGGAGCCGCUGAGCGCUGCGCUGUUGCCCGCCGAGCCGCUCCUGCUAAUCUUCAGCUUCCUAGAUCAUACAGACCUGGUCAGUUGCCGGUCUGUUUGUCGCAGAUUUAAUCAACUCUGCAGUCAUGACCCCUUGUGGAAGAGGCUCUGUGAGAAGUACUGGUUGCUGACAGCGGAGGAUAAAAUGCAGCGGAAUGUAUGUUGGAUGGAGCUUUUCCGCCAGUUCUACUGUGACUUGGGUCGCUACAUUGAUCACUACAGCCAUUUGAAAAAGGCCUGGCAGGAUUUGAAAGAAUACCUGGGGUGGAGAUGUCCUCGCAUGAUUACCUCUUUGAAUGUGGGUUUGACUGAAGAAGAGCUGGAUGCCGUCGAACGGCGAAUUCAGUUCAAGCUCCCCAAUGAUUAUCGCUGUUCCCUUCGCAUUCAUAAUGGGCAGCGACUGGUCGUCCCUGGGCUGAUGGGCAGCAUGGCGCUUUCUAGUCACUACCGCUCUGAGGAUCUCUUGGACAUUGAGACGGCCGCUGGGGGUUUCCAGCUGCGCAAAGGUUUGAAACACUGCCUCCCGCUGACGUUCUGCAUUCACACUGGGCUCAGCCAGUAUAUGGCGCUGGACGAGGUGGAAGGCCGCAAACGAAGUGACAUCUUCUACCACUGUGCGAAUCAGAUGGCUUGCGAUCCGUCUGUUGUUGACAUGUUCCUCACAGGCACCUCAUUCACAGAAUGGUUCACCAAGUUUGUUCACAAUGUAAUUUCAGGGCGGUAUCCUAUCAUCCGAGACCAGAUAUUCCGGUACAUUCAUGACGAAAGUUGGGUGGCUCGAACUGGGGAUAUUAUUAUAUCUGUAGCCACCUCCUUCCUCCCAGAAUUGAGCUCAGUGCACCCACCACAUUAUUUCUUCUCAUACAGAAUCAGGAUUGAAAUGGUGGAGGAUGCCUCACCAGAUAAUGCCUGUCAGUUGGACAGUCGGUACUGGAAAAUAACCAAUGCAAAUGGCGAUGUGGAGGAGGUCCAGGGUCCUGGUGUAGUGGGUGAAUUCCCUGUGCUGCGCCCUGGUACGGUGCACGAGUACACCAGCUGCACCACCUUCACCACUGCCUCGGGUUAUAUGGAAGGUUACUACACCUUCCACUAUCUUUCCAAACACAGAAGCACCUUCAACGUUACUAUCCCAAGGUUCUGUAUGGUCUGCCCGCCGCAGCGAGUGCCACCUGCUCACCAGAUUGGGUACAGUCAUGAUCCCUCAAAUGACAGCCCAACUCCGUCCAAUAGCAGAGACCUCAACCCCAAUCUCUUUGGGAAUUUCCCUCCAGCUAUGGGCCGUUGUCCCCGUCACACCUGAAGUGGAUUAGCAAUCGAACGAUUCUCAGCAAGCUGUUUUCCUGUAAGCCGUUGAUGUUGCAAUCUAAUUUCUUUUAGUUGUUUUUGCCCUGCAACUUUGCGACAAGUUGUGUGAUUCUGACUGCACCUGUUUGUAACACAGGACUCAGGUUGACUGUGCAAACUCUCAGAGCAGCUACUCAGGACUUCUCGCUCCUUUAACUUACCAGAUUUUGUUGUAGAACAGCUUUGAAGAGAAUAAAUGCACAGUGUUUAAUUUCUGAA